GACGGGCUAUCGGGGAUGGAGACACAAGUCAGAAAAACCACUGAGAGGCAGCCGCCUGGAGACUACCUGGCCUGUGGUGGUGUGAUCUUUGGGCACACGGCUCCGCUGCGUGUCCCCUCCCGCAGCGCCCGGCCUCAUUGCUUCUGCGUCGCUGUAUCGGUCAUGGCAGGAAGCGCCACCAACAACAAGACCCCCCUGCUUCAGGGCGUCCGCACGGGCACUGUCAUGAGAAUUCGAGGUGUUGUCCCUGAACAGGCUGGCAGGUUCCAUAUAAACCUGCUGUGCAGCGAGGAGCAGGAAGCGGAUGCCGCCCUGCACUUUAACCCGAGGCUCGACACAUCCGAGGUGGUCUUCAACACCAAAGAGCAAGGCAAAUGGGGCCGUGAGGAGCGCGGCUCGGGCAUCCCCUUCCAGCGCGGGCAGCCCUUUGAGGUGCUCAUCAUAACCACAGAGGAAGGCUUCAAGGCGGUGGUCGGGGAUAAGGAGUACCUCCACUUCCAGCACCGGAUGCCACCCGCGCGCGUGCGCUUGGUGGAGGUGGGCGGAGACGUGCAGCUGCAUUCGGUGAAUGUCUUCUGAGCCGAGGGCGGUGCCGUGGGGGAAGGACCGCAGAGU